GGUGCCCCACGCGGAAGUCAGGACAGUGGCCACCCGGCCACACUCUGCCUGCCUGGUGUCAGUCUGCUGUCAGCCGACCCCCACUCCCGGGAACUCUCCGGCAACCAGCCAGCAUGCAGGAUGAAGAGAGGGCCCUGUUCUCUGCGGGGACACAAGGGGACAGUGCCCUGCCCAUGAAGAGCCGUGGGGUGGGCAUGCACUUGGGCCAGUCUUGGCUGUGCUGCAGCUUGUCCUCCCCUGUGCCUGGCCCUGGGCCCCACCAUGAAGACCCUGAGCACUGUGACUAUGUCCUCGUGGCCAACACAGCUGCCCGGAGGAAGCCGGGCCUGGCCAGAAAGCAGCAGCAGUUCCUGAAGGAGCUCAGAAUGAAGGGCUUUCGGGUCAAGGAGGUGGAGGACGGGAAGAAGGUGUUCUUUGGCAUCUGGGCAGAGAAGAGUGUCUCCGAGCAGUACUGCAUGCUCCUAGAGACCCAGGAGGCCACCCCCAUCACCACCAGAAUUCGCAUCUUCAACUUCAUCCUGAACAGCGAGCUGGGAUUCACAGACACGUUUCAGGAUUUGGUGAAGUGCGGGGUCUUUGAGACCAGCUUCCCCCUGCACCAGGAGGAGAAAAAAAAGUUUCUGAAGAAGGAAUGGGCGUGCUGGACACAGCUGUGUGCCAAGAAACAGCCGAUUGACAGUAUCAGGGACUACUUCGGGGAGAAGGUGGCGCUGUACUUCGCCUGGCUGGGCUGGUACACCUGCAUGCUGAUCCCCGCGGCCGGGGCGGGCCUCCUCAUCUUCCUGAGCGGCUUCUUCCACUUCAAUGCCAGCCAGAUCAGCAAGGAAAUCUGCAGUGCCCACGACAUCUUCAUGUGCCCGCGAGGCGACCACAGUCACAAGUUCCAGCGGCUUUCCGACACCUGCACCUUUGCCAAGCUCACCCACCUCUUUGACAACGAGGGGACGGUGGCCUUCGCCAUCUUCAUGGCUCUGUGGGCCACCGUGUUCUUGGAGUUUUGGAAGCGGAAGCGUGCCCAGGUGGUCCAGCACUGGGACCUGUACGGGUGGGACGAGGAGGAGGAGGAGAUGGCGCUGGCCCUCAUCAACAGCCCCCACUACCAGCUGAAGCAGCAACAGCACUCGUACCUGCGAAGCACAGCAAUCCUGCUCCUGUCCCUGCUCAUGAUCUGCCUAAUGAUUGGCAUGGCCCACCUGCUGGUGGUUUACCGUGUGCUGGCUGCCGCUGCUUUCGGCUCCCUAGACUUGCCCUUCCUGCAGGUGACCACAGCCGUGGUGGUGACUGGGGCGCUGGUGCACUAUAUGAUGAUCCUCAUCAUGACCAAGCUCAACAAAUACGUGGCUCUGAAGCUUUGUGACCUGGAGCAACCGCGGACCUUCUCUGAGCGCGAGAGCAAGUUCACCAUCAAGUUCUUCACGCUGCAAUUCUUUGCUCACUUCUCCUCACUCAUCUACAUCGCCUUCAUCCUGGGCAGGAUCAACGGUCACCCUGGGAAGUCUGUGCGCCUGGCUGGGCAGUGGAAGCUGGAGGAGUGCCACCUUAGCGGCUGCAUGAUGGACCUGUUCGUGCAGAUGGCCGUCAUCAUGGGACUGAAGCAGACACUCAGCAACUGUGUGGAGUACCUGAGCCCAUGGCUGACCCUCAAGUGGCGCUCCAUGCAAGCCAGGUGGGACCGGCCAGCGGACCCUGAGCUGCAGGUCUGGAGGCAGAACUACCGACUCAACUCAGUCUACACUUUCAGCCUGUUUGAUGAGUUCAUGGAGAUGAUGAUCCAGUACGGCUUCACCACCAUCUUUGUGGCCGCCUUCCCGCUCGCCCCUCUGCUGGCCUUCUUCAGCAACCUGGUGGAGACUCGGCUGGACGCCAUCAAGAUGUUGAGGCUGCAGCGGUGCCUGGUCCCACGCAAGGCCAAGGACAUAGGGACGUGGCUGCAGGUGCUGGAGAUCAUCGGGGUGCUGGCGGUCAUCGCCAACGGCAUGGUCAUUGCCUUCACGUCUGACUUCAUCCCCCGCGUGGUCUACAAGUAUCACUAUGGGCCCUGCCGCAGGGGCACCCUACCUGGCCUGGAUUGCCUCACUGGCUACAUCAACCACAGUCUGUCUGUCUUCCACACCAAGGACCUUCCGAUCAGCAUCAAAGGGACUGAGAACGAGAAUGUGACGGAAUGCAGCCCCACCCCCAGGUACCGGGAUUACCGCAACUCCCAUAACUACAACUUCUCGAAGCAGUUCUGGGUCCUCCUGGCCAUCCGCCUGGCCUUCCUGAUCCUCUUCGAGCACGUGGCCCUGUGCAUCAAGCUCAUUGCUGCCUGGUUCGUGCCUGACGUCCCUCAGUCAGUCAAGAACAAGGUUCUGGAGCAGAAGUACGAGCGGCUCCGAAAGAUGAUGAGACCAGGGCUGCAGAGACCUCCCGGCUCCCCCCUGCCCCCCAGCUGCAGCCUCAGGAGCACAGCUGUAUAGGCAGCAGAGCCCUCCGGCCAGUGUGGCAUCUAUGUGGGUGCAUGUAGAGCCUGGGGACACGCGUGUAUAUGAGGGCCCUGGGGACACGUGUGUGUAUGGGGGCUGGAGACACGUGUG